AUGUUCUUUUGGCUAAGAGAGGUUGAUCUGUGGGUGAUGCUGGUGGUUGUGCGUGGGGAGAAGAGGUGGUCUGAUUUUCUGGACGCAACUCGACUGCGGCCAUGGCCCCAGCCGACAUGUAGCCAACGUCACCUUACGCCCCACGUCGGUACCGGCUGCGAUCCUGUCCGCGUCAUAUUGCUUGAUUGCCUUGUCAGUCCGUUUUCAGGAGACGGAGAGGGGUAUUUUGGGAUAUUUUGA